AUGCCGAGAAAAAACGUCCGGCGGCGGCCCGCUACGCCAAACCUCAAGGUCGCUCAGGUUCAAACUCAGGUUGAGGACCAACAACAACUCACCGCCGCCGACCCGAACUCGCCACCAGAGACCCCCACCACAUCGCCGCCCUUUUCCCGCAAGAUCAGUCUAAAACCUCGGCGCCAGCCUGACUUUCAUGAUUAUUUUGAGCCUCUUGACACGGAUCCCAACAUCAAGCCUGUUGGAAAUGGUCACCAGUUUAGCUACCAGCCCAACCUGGGCCCUGAGCAGUUGAGUCCUCGCUCAUCUUCCUCGUCCGACAUGCUCGACGAUACCAGCGAAGACGACUCAGACGACGACGAUGAUGAUGACGAUGACUCGGGGAGCCCAAGCAUCCGCAGCUUAACAAACAGUCCUGCGCCAGCUGCUGCUUCUGAGGCGGAUGAGUCUGACAUGGAUCUUUCUGAUGAUGCCGAAAGCUCUAGCGACUCAGACGACUCUGAAUCCGACUCUGGUUCUGACUCUGACAGGUCCGGUGCUACAGACGAGGCCGAGACUUCACAUAUCACUGCCACCACCGCGGCCACAGCCACCUGCAACUUUGUUCUUGAGGAUGUUGAUCCGAUGGACCCUGAGUGUGAGGGACUCGAUGUUCUGCAACCCACCGAGAUUGAGUCGAACCGCAGUCGCUCAAGAUCGCGGCACAGAAAGGCUCACAAAACCAUGGUCAAGGACUUCAAGAACCUCAACUGCAGCAACGAGACGUCAGACAAUGAACAGGCUGCGGAUGGCGACUACGAAUUUGACGAGGAGUCGGCAUUCCUGAGGCGGCGGGAGCAGCUCAGAAAGUUCCGCCGCAUGAGCAUGGGUAGUAGCUUUGGAAAGCGCACGCAUAGCGAACUCAGCGACUCGGACGACGACGGUGAGGCAUUAGACGUCAACGACGUCGGCUCGAGCGCACGUCGCAUGCGGAGAAAGCUGCAGCGAACCAGCUUACUAUUCCACGACCCGCCCCCCGCGCGCAUUGAUGAGCUCGAGGAACCUGACUCGAGCGAGGAGGACUACAUCCCCGGCCAGGACCUCGCACGAGAGCUACCUUAUUGGGCCAUGGAGAUUAUGGAGAUGGACUCGAACUCGAGCUCGAGCUAG